AUGAAACAUCAUGGUGUGAAGAUGAAGAAAAGCGGUGAAAGCUCCUUGGAGGUCGACAAACUGGAGGAGCGUGCAAGACAGAAACUCGCAAAUCUCUUGGACACACUUGCUGGCUUGGGCGCCGAUCAUGAUGGAAGCAAAAGCAAACACAUGUACCUGUACGAGACGGACUACCAGCCGGAUUUUAAUGACACCGUGUUGAAUCUGAUUUAUCCCUCUUGCUAUUGUUACGACAACGAGCAGACGGCGUUUCCCUCGUAUUUGACGCCCAAUGCUCAGGCGCCACUCCUGUCCCGGCCCUCAGGCUCAGCACGAGUGCCUAAGGGAGGAGCUGGAGCAGCGUCAAGCAAGUCGAGGGAACGUCAAAACGGGAAGGAUAUGUGGGGCCGGGAGCAGGAUUUCGGCCGCUAUCAGUGGAUUCCAGCGGAAUUCUGCCUCAAGACGGGGCGUUUUGUCUCUCCCAUUAACAACUUGCCGGCUCACGUGGAAUUGAAGGACUGUGCCCUAUCCUGGUGCGAAGGUAAGAAGAAGGUGGUAGAAAAGGGCAUUUCAUCCCUGUCGGAGUUGAUCUCGAUGCCAGAGGAAAUCGCGUCAGGAGCCAGCACCUCCUUCAAGAAGCAGAAGAAAGGAUCGGCCGCGGCCUCCCAAGAGGACCACUCGUCCCACGAGGAGCAUGAGAAAAUGAGGUCCGAGGCCGUGCGAAUCGAAUCGGAGAACCCGAUGCACGAUAUGCUUUCCGACCUCUUUCUCUCGGUUUUACCAACACUUAACGAAGCCUACGUGUUUGGCAGGGACAAGCUACAGCUCCUUGCGGACGAUGAGAAGCUGGAGGAGGGCGAUCCAGAGGAAAACGAAAUGGCACUCGCGAACCUGCUAGAAACCAUGAACAAAAAUGGCAAGCACUUCGGAGAAAGCGGAGGAGGAGCCAAGCAGGCCUCGUCACAGAAAAAGAAGCCACAGGGAGCAGGAGCAGAAUUUGCAACAGCAGCUUCUAUGAAGAGUUGCGAUUCCACUCCGGCGAACAAAGACUUGUAUUCUGUUCCCGGGACUUUGCAGGUUAUCGUGAAACUAUUGGAUUACGAAUUCCGCGACCAAGACGGCCCCUUGGGUCGCACGCAGGCGAUUCACCCCUCCGGACUGUGGCACGUCGAGGGCCAAUCGCAUGAGAAUAUCGCGGCCGCGGCACUCUGUGUCCUACGAAAGGACAAGGACAUCGAAUGUGGACAGCAGGACUGGAGCUGGUGGAAAAAACUGCAUGGAGAAGGUGCGUCACUGAUGACUCCUUUAGACGGGGCCAAGCAGAGCAAGCAUUCUGCGGAACCCGGGACGUCGAAGGCCCCUUCGCUCGUGAAUCAGACGAUUCGUUUUAAGCGUGCAUUUACCGUUGCAGAGAAUCACGAGCUGUACUCCUUCAAGUGGUUGCCGCCGGAUCACGGUGUCCAGGAUCACCUCCGAUCUUUGGAGCUGGAAGCGCCCGCGAUGCCGUUGGGUAGCGCCGUCAUGGAUGAAGGAAGCUUGACCUGCUUUCCGAAUUCCCACAUUCAUCAGGUGCAAGAAAUGCGUCUGAAUCUUGCGGGAGGGGGAACAGCUGCUGGCGCUGCACCAGGAGAGAAAAGAACAGAAGCGGAGGAAGUGAAAACUUACACACGCCGCGUUGCAAUUUUUUGGGUAAUUGAUCCUAAUCCCCGCAUUGUGUCGUCGCAAGACUUGAGUCCCUUGUUUUUCGAUCCGCUCAAGCGCAUCGUGGACCUCGCAAACUUUCACGGGGCUGAGGUGAACAAGCAAGCGGCGCACUUCAACAGGAUGGCACUUAUGAAGGAGCGCGUCAAAGCACCGAGCUACAACGUUCGUGCCGUGCGUCUACAAGAAGAGCACUGCCAAUUCUCGGGAUGCCACAUUUGAAGUAUUCGAUUUUUUUCAUGUCCAGUGGGAGGUGCCCUGUUGGACACAACUCCUCAAGGGAAAGGCGCAAAGCGACAGCCAGACUGUUACUCUGAUGAAUGAAAAUGAUCAUGAUGAAGAUGACUAUAAUAAAAAUCGUAAUCGUACGAAAGCCAUACUUUUACUUGACACACUCAAGGUCCCUGGCUUUUUUUCUACUAGAAUCUGGCCCAAACUUUGAGUAUGAGCAGUGGUUUCCUUCUUGUAAAGACUACACCUACAUCAAUAUUUGGAAGUCUUUCUGGAGCAAUAAUUUUAUGCUUAGUCCGGUAAGCGUUCAAGCCCAAAUGAAGUGAGACCUUGAAUGGUAUCCGUUUGUCCUUAUGGAACCCUGAAUGGUAUUCGAGCAUACAAGAAAAAAGCAGCGUGGUAAUCUAUCAUAGACGUAGCGUGGUCAACGUCUGACGUCAUUGGAAGAGAUGCAGUGAAGAACUUUAGAAGGCGUCGAUGUGGUUCUUGUUCACUGACCUGAAUACUACGGUUAAAGCCUGUACUUAAACGAGCCUACAGACCGCGUGGCACCUGUGUCAAGUAAACCUACACGCGCUCGCGCUUCAUCUUUGUUGUUUUAGCGAGCUCGCAUGUUUAUCCGUAGACUUGGCGCCAUUCUUGGCGUUGAGGCUUUGCGCAUUCAGUAUCGGCUUGCAGCAGCAGAGUAUCUACAUAGUAUAAGCCUGCUUGAAAUGCAAGGCGUGCGCAGUGACUAACCUAAAAACCUUGCGUCUUCGUCGAUUAUGCCUCGCCUGUAACUCGCGUAGUUUUAUUGCUUAAGAGUUCAAACAAGCACAAGGGCCCAAAAACGGGCGCUCUUUGGAGAACGUUAUGACAAGCGCCGACCACUGACAAGCCUAGCUGUGCUUAAAUUCAAUUCUUACGCGGUAAGUAAGUGAAACUGUGAAAGUGGCAUAAUUGACGUUAGAGUGAAACAAGUAAAGUCGAGCCUUUUGCUUCUUUUAAUUAAGGCGCUACGACUAGGCCCCCAGCACCAGCUGUUUAUGACGCCUGGGGCAUAAAGGCCACGGCGCUACGGCUCCUUAACUUGUUACCAUCAAAAUUUUCCGCCUGAACUAAAACUAUUUUCUUCAAGCGACACGCUUACGCUUAGCACUCCGCGCAGUAUUUUCCUUCUCCAAGCGGCGUCUAGGCUAUUGGACACCGACUGGCGACUGUUGUUAAAAAUUGUUGAUAUUUUCUUACAGUUUUGACUGGCAAGCUGCAGCCUGCGGCUGAGUUCUGUCGUUUUUCAACAGAUCUGCUACAAAAGUAGAAGCAGAAGCGAG